AUGGUUUCUUUGAGGCAGGUCUUGUUAACAGCAUUAAUUAGCUUUGUUGUGGCAUUCAUCAUAAUUGGAUAUGUGGUUCUGAAAUUCAAUAGAGAUUUGUGGGAUUUGCAGUCUUCCCUACUCUUUAGCAUGACCCUUGGCAUGACAGAUCCUGUUCAUUCUGUGAAUUCACUGAAAACUAUUGGCAUUUCCAAAAUGUAUACUGAUAUCAUAAGAGGAGAAUCAAUGAUCAUUUGUGGCUUCACAUCCAUUUGUUUUGGAAUUUUUCGGAGCAACUUUCUCCAGAGUUCCAUGUUUACGGAGUUACAUGUAAUCUUGGGCCUCUCCUUGGACAUCCUGGGAAGCAUAAUAUGUGGAUAUUCGUGUGCAAGAAUCAUUCAGUUUAUAUUGACUGACCUCUUUAGCAAUACACUUACUAGUGUCAUUCUUUGCAUUUCAAUGGUGUACAUGACCUUCUACAUUGGUAAGGCAGAAACAGAUACAAAAAAUGCUGUCCUCGAAGUGAAUUUUAUGUAUUUUUGGUUUUCAUUGAUCUUGAAUCCAGUUGCCUCCUCCCAACUGCUUCCUCCUUGUGGUGGCCCCUUUUAUUCAGCCAUGAAUAACAUUGAUACCUCAGGUGUGAUUAAUAAAAUUUUUUCUCGCCACAGGUUGCUUACUAUUGUUUUAGUGAGCCCCAUCCUGAUGCAUGCGAAUUAUGAAUAUAAUUGGAAAUGGGGAAUUGUUAUAGCGUGGUCUGGAAUUAGAGGAGCUUUUAGCUUACUCUUGGCUCCUGAUAUUCAUAAUCUGGCUGGACAAAAAAUAGAGUCACCGCAAUUGUUUAUAUUGUAUGUACAGGUAAUAUCACUAAUGACUAUGGGAAUAAAUUCAUACAUGAUGACUCAUUCAGCCAGGACACUAGGUUUGUGUGCUAUUUCCCUCCCAAGGCAAAUGGCCAUGCAAAAUGCCAUUAAGCACAUUCAGGAGAUAAUACAGAACACAAUAACACUGUUCAAAACAGAAAAAAUUUUGACAAAUGUUAAUUGGACCUUAGUAGAAGAAAAAACAAAGAUUGAAUACAACAUUCCUUCUGAUCCUUAUCAUGUUUCACAUGAUAACAAAAAGGAGGAGGAGUCCCCAACAGAAGAAGUUUUAAUAGAAGAAGCCAGAUUGCAUGUAGCUAUAAUACAAAUGAGUAGCUUUGAAAAACAGUGUAAUGAUGGAAUCCUCAGUGUAGAGGCAGCCCGGAUAUUAAUUGGUGCAACCAAAACCUAUUGCCCCAUCCAAGGAAAAUUCAUGAGUAUUUAUGAUGUUUCAACUUAUGUAAGAGCUAGAAGUUGGCUUAUGAAGUUUAAAAACAUGUUAGCUUUCUUGGAAUAUCAUAAAGAUAAGGCAUCUCUUAUUAUGUAUGGGAAUAAUAAAUUUCUGCUUUUUGUAUAUCACGUGGUAUUUUCAGAAGAAUUUGAAUAUGCAGGACAUGUUAUAACAGUAAUGUACAUUUAUCCUGUUAUAAUGCAUCUAUGGCCAAUGGCAAGAGAGUUAAAUGUGUCAGCACUUAUAUCAGUAAACAACUAUUUUGUAUUUUUAUACAUAUUUCGAUCAGCCCUGAAGAUAGUAAUUUUGAAAAGGAAAUAUUUUCAUCAAUAUUGGAAUACUUUGGACUUUCUUAUCAUGCUUCUUGGAAUCAUUGAUAUCUUUUGUAUAUACUUUGUCAAAUUGAGACCAGACAACUUCGUCCUUAUUCAGAUUACAGUAAUACUAGGAUAUUUCAGAAUAAUCAGGUUUAUUCCUUUCAUCAAGAUAAUAAUCCCACUACUGAUAAAUAUUGUAGAUGUGCAGAUCAAAAAGCGCCUCCGCUUGAUGUAUAGUAUUACAAAAGGUUAUGUCAAAAGUCAAGAGGAUACCAAAUUUUUAAUAAAACAAAUUUCCAGCCGAGAAUCAAUAUAUCAGAAAUUAUAUGAAAUUUUGGAAACCAACAAACGAGAUGCUGUCAAAGAACUAGGACUCAUAGAGCAUGAGGGUCGCGAUGUUGUCAUCGCUUUGAAGACGAGGCAGGCAAUCCGGAGUGUGAUUGCUAAAGCUCUGAAAAACCUCACUUUCCUUUGGUCAAGAGGCAUUAUUGAUAAACAUGAGGGCAUCGAGAUGAAUAAGGUACUCCUUGCAAAAAUAAAAGCACUGAAUAACUUUCCAAUGGCAAUCCCACCGCCUACUCCUGAUAAAUAUCUUCAUAAUAUUGUUUGGCUGGAAAAUAAAGAUGUUCUCAUUGAGUUCUUCAAGGAGAGAGCCAAACUUGCCUAUUUUGACUAUGGAGAUGUCAUUUGUAGAGAAGGUGAAAUGCCACAAGGAAUCUACUUAAUUAUUUCAGGAAUGGCAAUUUUGCAUAGUUCACCUCCUACCUUCGGAAUAGACAUUAGCCUAAGGUCUGAUAGAGGGUCCCAAACCAUGUUUACAGAAUACUGUACCAGUGGGGACAUAAUUGGAGAGCUGAGCUGUCUGCUUAAGCGUGAAAUUGAAUAUACCGCCAUCUGUGAAACUAUUUUACAGGCCUGCUUUAUCUCCCUGGAGGAUUUAUAUGAAGGUUUUGAUGUCUUCUGGCCAUCCUUGGAAUAUAAAAUAUGGCUAAAGCUUGCGCUCAGUAUUGCCUAUCAGUAUUUUGAAUCAAGUCUCACUGAUGAGGACUUGGACUUUCAGAAGUGUGUGGCAUCCAAUCUGGCAUACGUGGAGACUUUAUCAAGCUAUAAUGAAAUGACUAUUGAUAAUGUAACCAUGAAAUUCAUUAUUAUUGUGUAUGGUAGUGUCAUUGAUACUAAGACAGAGUUACCCUAUCUUGCACCUUGCAUUUUGCCUAAAACCUGUGAGCAGGUUCAGGGAACUUCAGAUUUAAGCAAGCUGCUGGUUGUGCAAGCAUCUGAGCCUGCCAAAAAUACUGAUGACACCAAAGUCAUGGCUUCCAUAUCAACACUGGUCUUCGAAUGACCCAGAGAGAAUAUAAUUGGAAGAGAAAAAAUGAGGUAA